CCGACGGCAUAAUUGGCCACUCGUUUGGAGAGAUAGCCUGUGCUUACGCUGACGGGUGUCUCAGCACAAGGGAUGCGAUGAUUAUCACGUACUUCAGGGGUGCCAUCACUGAGAGUGACCCACAGAUACCGAGGGGUUUGAUGGCAGUCGUGGGGCUGUCGAGGGCUGAGGCGCUCAAUGUCUGUCCGAAAGGAGUUUUCGUUGUCUGUAAUAACGCUAAAGAGUCUGUAGUCAUAUCAGGUCCGACAAAUGAAAUGAAGAAAACAAUUGAUUCGUUGAAUAAAAAGGGAUAUUUUGCGCGACAGUUAGAGAGCAGUGAUAUUCCAUACCAUAGCGAAUACCUGCGCUCAUCGGCACAGCCUAUGGUCGACGCCAUCAACCAAUACAUCCCAAACCCAAUACUCAGGUCAAAGAAAUGGUUGUCCACUUCAGUGAUGGUGUCGGAGCCCAAAGACGUGCGCUUGCGUUACGCGUCGGCCGAGUAUUUUGUGCACAACCUAAUGCACCCUGUUCAAUUUUACGACCGACUCAAACACAUACCCACCGGUGCUGUCGUACUGGAGCUGAGCCCGCACUCAGUGUUUGGCAAAGUAAUGACCGAAUCGGUGGACAAUUGUCAAUACAUUUCGUUGAUAUCCAAAGACUCUAACCAUAAAAAUGUGGAUCAGUUUCUGUCGGGAAUUUCGAAAUUAUACGAAUUGGGUUUCAACCCAUCGGUGGAGCGCCUGUACCCACCCAUCCAAUGGCCGGUCCCUCGAAGCACACCAUCGAUCAGUUCCCUCUUGAAGUGGGAUCACAGCCGAGACCUAUCGGUCUAUACCCCGAAAUGGCCGCAAAAUAAGUUACGCUCGGUUUGCGGGGAUAUGAAUGUUGUGGUGAACAUCGGGUCCAAGAAAGACGACUACCUGUGCGAUCACGUGGUCGACGGCAAUAAUCUGUUCCCAGCGGCCGGUUAUCUGAUGCUCGCGUGGCGUCAAAUGGCCGCCUCUUAUGGCCACACAUGGGAUAAAGUUCCUGUAAUUUUCGAGAAAUGCCAGUUCUUGAGGGCGACAUUCAUCGCACCCGACGUCCCGACCAGACUUACCGUCAAAUACUAUCAACAAACGGGCGAUUAUAGUAUUUAUGAAAACGACAACAUGUGUGCCGUCGGUACUGUCCGUCGCGGCGCCGACGAUAUGCUGACCGAACAGCACCUCAUCAGCGAUGGACAGCCAGUGGUGUCGGAGUGUGAGUACCGGUUGGACAGGGAGUCCGUUAAGAAAGAGAUGCAUAUCCGGGGCUAUGAGUACUCCAAAGGGUUCCAGUCGUUGAAGAAUAUGCGGACCAAUGACUUCCGUCGGGUGUCGGCGGACAUCGAGUGGACGGGAAAUAUGGUUACAUUUCUGGACGGUUUGCUACAACUGACCGGUUGUUUGUUUCCCUUCCGGAAACUCGUGGUUCCGGUGAUGAUCGACGCCAUACGUGUCGACCCGAACACACUCUUUGAGGCGCUAAAGAGGAAUCGUUUGGCCGAUGAAGUGGUGGCCGACUGUCGCGAACAACUCGGCGACAAUUGUCUCAACGAUUUUACACCCAAUCGUGCGGCCGAACGGUUCGCUCACUUCGCCUCCCAAUUGCCGGUAGUGUUUGACUCGUCUGUGAAUUGUGUGCUCACAUACGGCGCUGAAGUGUAUAAUAUGGUCACCGCUCCCAUCACUAGGAAAACUGAUCCCAAUCUAGUUUUAGAGAGAUAUGAGUUUAUUCCCAACGACGACAAUACGGCCAUCGAUGACAGCCAUAGGAAACUAGUUAUUGAUAAUAUUGAAGUUUACUUGAUCCAAGACUUGUCGGACGCCAUCGAAAGCAAUGGCUUUCUAUUAACAGUAUUUCGAUAUAAAGUGACGGAACCGGAGAUCGCAUUGAAUUCAUUGUUUGGUAAUUCAGUCACGGAUUCAGAUCUUGAGAAACGGAUCAAUGAGUUCAUCACUUAUGGCAAUGAAAUGGGAUUAAGAGUGAUAUGCAGUAAAUGCGAUACAAUUGGUUCAAAGGCUGUGCUCUUCAGGAAAGUCUCGGAACCGAUACUUCCGGACAAACAAAAUGUUAUCCAAUUUAACGACAAAUGCGAGCAAUGGUUCCCAGUAUUGAAGGACAGACUACUGAUGGCCAGUGAAUCGGGUGCCGACAGUACCCGGGUUUGGCUCAUUGCCAACGACUCGUGUAUUAACGGAGUAAUGGGUUUAUCAAAGAGUCUACGUCUGGAACCGGGAGGAAAAUACUUCAGAUAUAUUUUCAUUUACGAUAACAACACCACAAAUACAGACAUAGACUUCAAUACAAAGCCAUUCAGCGAUAUAUUGGCCAACGAUUUGGUGUCAAAUGUGAUCAGAGAUGGAAGACUCGAUGGAAGACUCGGUUCCUAUCGAUACCAGAGUUUUGGCAAAGAUUUCGAUAAAAUCCAAUCAAAUGAGUAUUACUUGGGUUUAGGAAAGGGUCGGGACUUGUCGUCACUCGAGUGGAGAGACAUCACAACCCUUUCCACGACUGACCACUACUACGACGUGACCAAUAAGAAGAGACAAUCGGUCAAAAUCGAGACCUACUGUUCGGCCAUAAUCUUUAGGGACGUACUCGUAGUGACCGGCAAAGUACCGGCGCUUUCAGAACUAUAUGAGCAGCAAAUUGGUUACGAGUUGGCCGGCCGUCGGGCCGAUACCGGGGAACGGGUUAUGGCUAUGAGUCUAAGCAAAUGUGUGGCCACCAGUACUCAUGUGGACCCGUCUUUCUUUACAACAAUACCCGACAACUGGUCUAUGGAAGAGGCGGUCACUAUUUUGAGCCCGUAUUUCACGGUAUGGUAUGGUUUGAUAGAGAGGGCACAUCUGAGACGAGGUGAGAGUGUAUUAAUCCAUUCGGCGGCGGGAGGUGUGGGUCAGGCGGCCAUUAAUGUGUGCCAACACUACGGCUGCGAUAUAUACGCGACGGUCGGCACCGACGAGAAGAAACAGUUUCUCAUAAAUACAUACAAAAUACCGGCGAAUAAGAUAUUCUCGUCGAGAAGUACUCAAUUCAAGAGUCAAGUAAUGCGAGCGACCGCUGGACGGGGUGUGGAUCUGGUGCUCAACUCUUUGGCCGGCGAUAAGUUGGACGCCGGCUAUGAGUGUGUGGGCACAGGCGGACGGUUUGUGGAGUUGGGAAAAAUGGAUUUGUUUCAGAAUAAAAAGCUUCCGAUGUAUAACCUAUUGAGGGAUUUGUGUAUUAUAGGUGUUUCGCUGGACGAGAGUGUUAUGACUCGGGAGUACAUGUUUGACGCGUUUUAUACGUGGGUUCACCACAACUGCACCAAUGGUUGCGUAAAACCGUUGAAUCGGACGGUAUUUGCGGCCGCAGACGCCGAGAAGGCCUUCCGAUACAUGACUACCGGUAAACAUAUCGGGAAAAUAGUUAUCCGUAUUCGUGAAGAGGAGGCGAACCGAAAGCCGUGGAAAUGCAUAAAACCGGCCGAUAGUAUGAUUGUUAGCACAAAGACUUACUUCAAUCCCAACAAGACUUAUAUAAUAACUGGAGGUUUGGGUGGCUUUGGGUUAGAGUUGUGUCAAUGGAUGGUAUAUAACGGGGCGAAGAGAUUGGUGUUGACCUCCCGUUCGGGCGUUAAAAAUGAUUACCAGAAAUAUAUUGUCAAUCGUUUGAUAGCUUUCGGGAAAAGACAUAACUAUUUCCAAAAUCAAGUGAUAGUCUCUUCGGCCGACUGUUUCACUAUUGAGGGCACAAAACAACUGUUGGAUGAGUGCAAAGGGUUGGGCGCACCCAUCGGUGGUGUCUUUCAUUUGGCCCUCGAGUUAAACAAUUGUCUCUUCAGUGAAGUGUCUUUCGAGACAUUCAUGAAAACCGUUGACAUAAAGGAGAAGAUAUUCAAGAAUUUGGAUCAAUUGAGCCGUCAAUUGGACUAUAAUUUAGACCAUUUUGUGGUCUUUUCGUCCAUUUCUUCGGGAACGGGAAGUGAAGGACAACUGAACUAUACUUACGGUAACUCUAUUUGUGAGCGUAUUUGCGAACAGAGACAGAGGGACGGCCUGUCGGGUCUGGCCAUACAGUUUGGUCCUAUCGGUGACGUCGGGGCUAUGCAUGAGAUAACACAAGUGUUCGCAUUCUUGACAAAUCAGAAACAACGGAUCCAUUCGUGUUGUGAAGUAUUGGACAAACUAUUGGCCGUUGAAUACCCGGUCGUAACCGUAAAGGUGAAAACCGUUGAGAACUCAAUGUUAAAGUUGGACUCUGAGGCCAAAGAGGGCUCGAAGUCAUUCAUUAAUAAGUUGUGGGGAUCUCUGGGUAUCGACCCGUCGGCCACUCCGGCGGACAUGACUUUAGGAGAGAUCGGAAUUGAGUCCAUAUUUGCCUCAGAAUUACUGCAAGAAUUUGCAAAACUCUGUAAUCAAACCAUUAAACUAAAGCUCAUUAAAGACAUGUCUGUCGGACUUCUUUGUGAGUUUGAGUCCGGAGGCGAUCACACCAUUAAAGCCUAUUUCAAUGGUAUAAAAAGCGCUCAAAUAUCACUCUCGAGGUAUAGGUUUGUGAUUCCUGUGGAAACACACGUCAGACUCAACGGUGUCUCAAACGGAAAGCCAUUGUAUUUAAUGCCGACUCUGGAGAUGGGGUUUGCAUUGUAUGACCAUUUGGUCCAAAAUAUUAACCGACCGGUCGUUGGACUCAAUUGGACUCCACAUGUGAACCAAUUGUCGACUUUGAAGAAAGUGAUGAAAUACUUCACGGAUUUGAUGGCAAGACUCGAACCAAAUGGUGGUUACGAUGUGUUGGGAUCGACGGACGGAGCGAUCAUUUGUGGCCAACUCUUAAGGAAAGGUUUGGCAGAGAAGGCGGUUAUGAUUGAUGUGCUGUCGAAACAGCGCUUCCGAGAG